GGCAUAAGCCACAGAUGUUUGUUGUGAUAGCGUAACUUAAUUUAUAAAAUACAAAUUUACGAAUUUUAAAUUAGAAUAAAGUUAAGAAUUCAGCUUCCCAAACGGAUCUUAUGACUAAAAAUUUUCAUAAUAUACUAUUUACAUUUAAAAAUAGAUUAAUUUUCAUUUAAACUUGCCCUGUUGGUUGAAAAACAAUUAGGAUUUCCUGUGUACUACAUUCAUUAAAGUUGAAUAAACGUUUUGUAGCCAGUAAAUAUGAUAUUCCAUUAUUGACACAAUAGAAUAUUCUUGUACCGAAUAAACCACACAUAUAUAAAAAAAUGCGCCUGAAUGUAAGAAAACUAUUGUUUGUUAGUUGCGGUGUUUUAUUGUUGUGGUUCAUCGUCUCUUACUCGUCGAUUAUCGAGUUGCCGAGGUCUAUAACCUCUAAGGACACAGCAGCCGACGUAGAAAACAAAUUAGGCAGACUUCAGAAGAAAAUUGAUGACCAAAUGCUGGAAAGCAAAACACUGUUGCAGAAAGUGAAAAAUGAAUUGAAAAAAAAAACGCAAUCAAAGGAGUCUUUAAUUCAGUACUCUGAUGAAAUUAUUGAUGGUCCAACAAUACUACCGGUGCUUGUGAUCGCUUGCGACCGGGUCACAGUUAAAAGGUGCCUCGACAAUCUAGUCAAGUUCAGACCGGACAAGGAAAGGUUUCCGAUCGUAGUAAGCCAAGAUUGCGGUCACAACGCCACUUACCAAGUGAUACGCAGCUUCACCGAUGCUGAUCCGUCGAUAAAGGUCAUACUGCAACCGGAUUUAUCAGAGAUACCGCUUCCGAAGGUCAAGGUCAAGCUGAAAGGCUACUACAAGAUCGCAAGGCAUUUCAAAUUCGCCUUAAAUCACAUGUUCAACACGUUGAAUCACGAGGCUGUGAUAAUUGUUGAAGAUGACCUGGACAUUUCGCCGGAUUUCUACGAAUAUUUCUUGGGCACGUAUCCUUUAUUGCAAAAGGAUCCUAGUUUAUGGUGCAUAUCGGCGUGGAAUGACAACGGGAAGAAAGACAUAAUAGACCUGACCAGGCCGGAACUGUUAUACAGGACGGACUUCUUCCCGGGCCUCGGGUGGAUGCUCAGGAAGGAGAUGUGGACCAGACUCGAGCCGAUAUGGCCUCCGGCAUUCUUCGACGACUGGCUCCGCAAUCCAGUCAACACCCAAGGUCGAGCCUGCAUCAGACCGGAGAUAUCCAGGACGUAUUCGUUUGGGAAGAUCGGCGUGAGUCAAGGACUGUUCUUCGAUAAGCACCUUAGGAAAAUACAAUUGAAUCUGGAUUACGUCGAGUUCACUAAAUUAAACUUAACUUAUUUAUUAAAGGAUAAUUACGACGAGACCCUAACCUCUACGGUGUACUCCUUGCCGGAGGUGAUGGCCGAGGAUGUGAUACUUGGCGAGAUGGAUUCCGCAGUCAGGGUCUCUUACUCCAAUGCCAAGAGCUACCAGCGGGCCGCCAAGAAACUUGGCCUCAUGGAUGACUUUAGAAGCGGAGUCCCCAGGACCGCGUACAGAGGUAUAGUGACGUGCUUUAUUCGAGGUCGACGUGUUUAUCUGGCCCCGGACUACCAGUGGACCAAGUACGACCCCUCGUGGGGCUAGCGGGGGAGGGGUCGGUAGGGGGGGUUGAUGAUUGCUCGUGUAUUUUGGGCGUGCAGGGUGUGGGGGUUCUACGGUGUGAAGACAAAGAGAACUUCCAUCGAGCGGGAUCUUUGCUUAGUUUUUUUUUUUUUUUUAACUAUAGCACCGUAUAAAGGCCAAUAGGAGUAAUAAUACAUAAUUACUUGAAUGCGCGUAGGGCACCGGUGACCUACACUGCAGUCAACGUGCUAUAGAUCUAGUUAUGUCUAAGGCGUAGACAGGCGAUCGAGCUCACGGCCCGUCUGACGUGAAGCGGUCACAGGAGUCCAUGGACAUCAUAAGCCGCUGCCGAUCUUCAGAGGCGUGAGUUCGAAGUCUCAACUGUACAAUAGCUAUCCCACCCUCUUUCGUUCUCUCUCGUGUUUGUAUUAAUUUUCUAUUUUUGCGAAGUGAAACUUCUUUAGGCGCGUUGAGAGUAAAAUUUAACUCGCGACAGAUUCGUUACGGCU